UCAUUAGAAGAGCUGACUGCCAAAUGCUGUUUGCGCUUGCCUAAAGGAUGGUCUGCAUGAUUGAGAGUGGCUCUGCUUUACAUGAAGUAUUGUUUUCAGGCCACCACCACAGGCAGCUGCUCCUCACUGGGCAAGGGAAAGAGAAAGGAACUGCAUCCUAACGUGAGCCAGGGUUGCCAAGGAGGGUGUGCUACAUGCUCUGACUACAACGGAUGCCUGUCAUGUAAACCCAGGCUCUUUUUUGUUCUGGAGAGGAUUGGCAUGAAACAGAUUGGAGUAUGUCUUUCCUCGUGUCCAAGCGGAUACUAUGGGACACGGUAUCCUGACAUUAAUAAGUGUGCAAAAUGUAAAGCUGACUGUGAUACCUGCUUCACCAGAAACUUCUGUACAAAGUGUAAAAGUGGGUUUUACUUAUACAGUGGAAAGUGCCUUGAAAAGUGCCCUGAUGGGCUGGAAGCCAACAACCACACGAUGGAGUGCACCAGCAUCGUGCACUGUGAAACUAGUGAGUGGAGUCCAUGGAGCCCUUGCAUGAAGAAAGGAAAGACUUGUGGUUUCAAAAGAGGAAAUGAAGUAAGGGUCAAAGAGAUCAUACAGCAUCCGUCAGCAAGGGGAAAUCCUUGCCCAGCUACAACCGAGAGCAGAAAAUGUAUUGUACAAAGAAAGAGAUGUCAGAAGGAAGGAAAAGGGAAAAAAAAUAGGGAGGAGAAAAGGAAAAAAUCCAACAAAGAUGAAAGCAAGGAGACAAGACAGGAAAGCAAAGGGCGAGCAGCCCGAAGACAAAACCGAGAACAGAGGGAAAACAACAACAAAACGCAGCCGAAGAAAAGGAAAGCCCCAAACAAAGAACAGGACCUGGCACCCGUUGACACUGCACAUUAAUGGCCCUCCAUGAUUGUUUAAGUCUUAUGAUGCUGCUAUCUCUACCAGAUCGCCCUGACAGGUGUUCCAACCAUUCAGGCUGCAAAUGGACAAUGCUACCAGUUAUUAUUAAACUUUAAACAACAUUCCAAAUACUUCCUAUAUUCUCCAAGCAACCAUAGUUUAUUAAAGAGAUUGACAUGAGCCAAGGAAAAAAGAAUCUAAAGAUGGGAUCCUUUAAAACUGUUAUAUUAUAUGCUUCCAUGCAUCUGUAAAAGGCAAUUAAGAAAUUUUGUAUAUAAUAAUAAUAGGGUAUAAAAUAUAGCAAUAUAAUAAUGAAUGACUUUCAGAUGAACAAUGUUCUUUUUCUUUGUAAAAUAUUUUUCAAGUUAUUGUUUAAGUAUGAGGCAAGAGAUAUGUCUAAAUCAAAGAUGAAAAUCGUAUCCCUUCAUAUAUUGUACAUAAUUAAGAGAAGGAGGAAAACAUUUCUGAAGAGCCAGUAGAAGCCCAAGGUUUUACAAUCUCUGGUGGAGCAGGAUGGGAUUGCCCUGUGUUUUCCCGGUCUAUGCUCCAGACAUGGGUGAGAAACAUCAGGAGAAAGCCAGCAGGGCUUCAGCUGCCGAGGAAUACGAAGCAGAAGCAUCUGCAGCUUUGAGGACUGAAUCCCUGAGGCAGAAGGAAACUGAGCUGAGCUCAAAUAACGCUCUUAUCUGUGGACAACACAAUGUUUUCUGGUCUAAACAGUGGUACCGUGUGCUGUUUUAUGCUUUUUAUACCUAUGUGUAACUUAAGUCUACAUUUCAAAUCUUCUGGUGAAUGACAAAUCGUAUUUGUAGGAGACAACGUUGAGUUAAUAAAAACCAGAAAAAUAGA